UUAUUACUUUCGUUCAACCGAACCCAAAUUCGCCUUUUCCCCCCCUUCUUUUUAUUUAUUUAUCGACCGCCCCUCUCAUCAUCGUCGUCGUCAUCUUCAUCGUUGUCUCGACGCUCAAAAUCCUCACCAUCAUGUUUCAAUUCGCUCUAAGGAGAGCAGCGACCGGAACUGGGUCGCUAGCUUCGAGAUUCUACACAACGGGCAGCAGAUCCGACGCUCCUCAUCACGAGCGAGUCGCUCGCCAGAUGAUCCGGUACGCGCUCGGCCACGCUCGAUCUCAGAAAUCAGGAGAAUCGUACGCUCAAGCGAUGAUGAUAUUGGAGCAAGGGCGGUCGAAUCUUGAGGGCGGUGGUGAUACUGAGAAUGCUAGGGAACUGUUCAUGCUCGCUAUGUCCACCUUGCUUUAUGAAAGAGGGGAGAUUGGAGAUGCCUUGGAGAAGCUCCAGAUGGUUCGCCAGUCCGAGCGUGCAUCUCACACGCUGAAAGUUGCAGCAGCCGAGGGUUUGGUAGGACUUAACUUGGAAGCUGGGGAGGACUCUACUUCAUCUGCCCUAGCAGAUGAUUGCUUGCAAUUGUUGAGCAACUCGGAAGGGAUUGUGAAAUUACGGGCUAAAGCUGUCAAGGGACUUGUGCAUCUUGCCCUUGGGGAGCUUAAAUCAGCGGAAACAUUUUUUGAUGGGUGUCAAGACUGCAGUUUGGAGGACCAUAAAGAUCAAAUGGGAAAUGCUUCCCUGUCUAAUGGAGUAUUUUUGCAUGCUACUGGAAAUUUCUCCGAGGCGAAGAACAUCUAUGACAGGCUUAUCCAUGUAUUUGAGUUGGAAGAUAUUGCUGAAAGUUCAUAUUUGGCAUCUGCUAAUAUGGUCCCUGGAGAAGUUUUGUUGGGAGCCACCUGUGCAUUAGGUCAGCUCUUAUCACAAUCAGGGAAGUUCGGAGAGGCUGAGGAUAUACUAACAAAGGCACUGACCAAGGCUGAGGAACAUUUUGGUCCAAUGCAUCCAAAGGUCGGGGUUGUACUAACUUGCAUAGCUACUAUGUUCAAACAUAAAGCAAAGCUGGAAGCUUCAAGUGCCAUAUUGAUCCAAGAGGGACUCUACAGGAAGGCGAUAGAGUUGCUGAAAGCUCCAGCUUUAGAUAGUGAAGCUGCCAAUAAGCAAGUUGCCAGAGGAGACAUAGUUGCUCUUGCAAGAGGUGGAUAUGCGGAUGUCCUAUGCAUUCAACAGAAUAGAAAGGCAGAGGGCGAACGAAUGAGGAACUGGGCUGAAGCUACUUGGAAGAACCGCCGGUUAUCUCUGGCCCAAGCGCUGGAAUUCUCUGAACCAACCCAAGCUGCAGUUAUUGACACCCGGAUCUGUAGAGUCGUCUAAAUCACAACGAUUUCACUGCAUGUACUAAUCCUUGAGGGUUUCAAAGGAUGAAGAAGCUAAUGUUAGGUGGCUGAGUGUUCGGCAUUUAGCGAAUUGAGCCACCUACAGACAUCAGUCUCUUAGCUUGAGUUUUUUUUAAGUGUAUUUCUACUUGUAAUGUAAUAAGCCCUACCUGAGCUUUUGGCCAUCUGAGGGCGAGAGCAUCCUGAUCACUGUUUUUGUGUCUUUCUUCCCAAAUUGCUAUAUUUGUAUUUACUUCACCGUGAUUCUGCAGUUAAGCUGUAUCAGUGCAUUUCAUGUUUUCUAGUUUCA